AUGCAAGUCAUUUGGAAUACUUUAGUUAUUUGCGGUCUGGUAUUUAUUAUCAUAAUUUCGUUUCAUAUUGAGACUGGUGUCAGCGUAAUGAUAAAAUCCGUUUUUUCUUAUCUUGCUAUUAUAGCGGAAAUUUUUAUUUUAUGCUUUGCUGGAGAAUAUCUUAAUCUUAAGAGUAAAUCAAUUACCGAUGCAGCAUAUGAAUCACUUUGGUAUGAUUUAUCGUUAAAUAACAAAAAGAUUAUACCAUUUAUAAUACUGAGAUCUCAAAAGCAACUUGUAAUCACGGCAGGAAAAAUUACAAAUUUAUCUUUGGAAACUUUUACGAGUAUAAUAAAAGCAUCAGCAUCAUACGUAUCUAUCUUACACGCGAUGUAUUGA